AUGGGCUCAUCUCCGGCACCAUUGCCUCCUUCUAGUCCUACCGCUUUGGGCUCCUCCCCCCCGCCAAUUCCUUUUGAUAUGGGGGAUGAAGAUGAGGAAGAGGACAGAGGAAUGGUGCACGAUAUUGAUGAUAUUGAUGAAUUGGCUGAAGAUGAGGACGGCAUUGAUCUGUUCGGCGACAACUUCGAACGUGAUUACCGCGAUGCAGCACAAGAUCGCUAUGAAAACGAAGGAUACAUCGAUGAUGACGGAGAUCAUGAGGAGAUUGAUGCUGGCACCCGUCGCCAAUUGGAUGCUCGGUUGAAUCAAAGAGAUCGCGAGCUGGCUCGUCGACGCCGCAUGCCCGCAGCAUUUUUACAAGAUGAUGAAGAUAUUGACAUGGACUUGUCGCGCCAACCUCGACGACGCAGACACCAUUACGACGAAGACCCUCAAGAUAUUGACAUGGGAGAUGAGGGUAUGGAAGAGCUGUCGCUUGAAGAGCUAGCGGAUGUCAAGGCAGCCAACAUCACAGACUGGGUCACCCAGCCCCAAGUGCUGCGCUCUAUCUUCCGUGAAUUCAAGGCAUUCCUCACAGAAUUUAUUGACGCCAGCGGUCAGUCCGUUUACGGUCAGCGCAUCAAGCUUCUGGGUGAGGUGAACUCAGCCUCGCUCGAGGUGUCCUACGCCCAUCUGAGUGAGACCAAGGCCGCUCUUUCAUACUUCCUCGCCAAUGAGCCCACCGAGGUUUUGAAGGUCUUCGAUCAGGUCGCGCUCGAUGUCACGCUUUUCCAUUACCCUCAGUACCACCAGAUCCACAACGAGAUUCACGUCCGUAUCACCGAUGUGCCUAUCAUCUACACCCUGCGUCAACUACGUCAGUCGCACCUCAACUGCUUAGUCCGUGUCAGUGGUGUUGUCACCCGCCGAACCGGUGUCUUCCCACAGUUGAAGUACGUCAUGUUCCUCUGCACGAAGUGUGGUAUCACAUUGGGUCCGUUCCAGCAAGAAGCUAGCGCGGAGGUCAAGAUCUCCUUCUGCCAGAACUGCCAGUCUCGUGGCCCCUUCAAGGUCAACUCCGAAAAGACGGUUUACCGCAACUACCAGAAGUUGACUCUGCAGGAAUCGCCCGGCUCAGUUCCCGCAGGUCGUUUGCCGCGCCAGCGGGAGGUCGUUUUGCUUGCUGAUCUGAUUGACACCGCCAAACCUGGCGAUGAAAUCGAGAUCACCGGUAUCUACCGCAACAGCUACGAUGCUCAACUGAACAACAAGAAUGGCUUCCCUGUUUUCGCUACUGUCAUUGAGGCCAAUCACGUUGUCAAAUCUCACGAUCAGAUGGCUGGUUUCAACUUGACCGAAGAAGAUGAGCGUGAAAUCCGGGCCCUCUCCCGUGAUCCUGAUAUUGUCGACAAGAUUGUUCGCUCCAUGGCUCCUAGUAUUUACGGUCACCAGGAUGUGAAGACCGCUGUCGCACUUUCACUCUUUGGCGGUGUCAGCAAGCAGGCCCAGGGAAAGAUGAACAUUCGUGGUGACAUUAACGUUCUUCUUCUCGGUGACCCCGGUACUGCCAAGUCACAGGUGCUGAAGUUCGUGGAGAAGACAGCGCAUCGAGCUGUCUUCGCUACCGGUCAGGGUGCCAGUGCUGUCGGUUUGACAGCCAGUGUCCGCCGCGAUCCUCUCACCAGCGAGUGGACGCUGGAAGGAGGUGCUCUUGUGCUCGCUGAUCGCGGUACUUGUCUCAUUGACGAGUUCGACAAGAUGAACGACCAGGACAGAACAUCUAUUCACGAAGCUAUGGAGCAACAGACUAUCUCCAUCUCCAAGGCUGGUAUUGUGACAACCCUUCAGGCACGGUGUGCCGUUGUGUCCGCCGCCAAUCCCAAGGGCGGUCGUUACAACAGUUCCAUCCCAUUCUCAGAGAACGUCGAUCUGACCGACCCUAUCCUGUCUCGUUUCGAUAUCCUGUGUGUGGUUCGCGACUUGGUUGACCCGGCCGAAGAUGAGCGUCUGGCCAACUUCGUCAUUGAAUCACACCACCGUGCUAACCCUGCUCGUCCUCUCCGAAAUGAGCAGGGUGAGUCGGUUGAUGCCGACGGUCACCACGUGGACAACGAAGGAUACCGUAUCAGCAGCAGUGGCCAGCGUCUUCCUCCUUCCCAGGAGGAGAUCGCUAGACGCGAGGCAGAGACGCAAAGAGCCGAGGAAGAGAAGGAGGGUGAAAUCCCCCAGGAGCUCUUGCGGAAGUACAUCAUGUAUGCCCGCGAGCGUUGCCACCCCAAACUCUACCAGAUCGACCAAGACAAGGUUGCUCGUCUUUUCGCAGACAUGCGCCGCGAGUCGCUUGCCACUGGCGCCUACCCCAUUACCGUAAGUCAUCUCAUCUCUUUCUUGAUACCACCCGCUAAUCCGUCUACCAGGUCCGUCACCUCGAAGCCAUCAUGCGUAUCGCUGAAUCAUUCUGCAAGAUGCAUUCUUUCAUCGGUAGCCAGAAGGUCAGCUGCAAGAAGGCCCUCUCGCGUGCCUUUGCCAAGUACACACUUUCCCGCCCGAAGCCGCAAUCGAAGCGUCGUGCCGGUAUCCCUGUCUCAAAUCCUCAUAUGCCGCGCGCUCCUUCUACUGCGUACUGAGGGACUUGUCUGCAUGGUUUCUUUUGUUUCCUAUACCAUCUUUGCAUCUCGUACGUGUGGCGUUUAUGACAAGGUCCUUAUCAAGACCAUGAUAUGUUAA